GAGAGAGAGAGAGAGAGAGAGUUGUGCCCCGCCUCUCUCGGACACGUUGCCCAGGGAGAGGCUGCACGCGCUGGAUGGGACUCCUGCUUUCAUGGUUUCACUCCAUCUUCAUCAGUCGGCUCGGUCCGCGUCCGCACUCACUCCGCUGUCUGCCGCAUGCCCUCAACUCACCGAGCCGUACGGGAAACACACGGUUCACUUCUGGUGCGUGGCGCUCUCGGCUGGAUGAGCCUCUAUCUCCAACAUGUCGACCUCAGACUCGGAUUACUCCAUUGACUGGCUCGCCAGCGAUGAGGACGACUAUGACAGCCCAACAAGAUUAAGUCCUCAGCAUGCAGAGGAGUCGCCUGUACCGCCAUCAUCAACCUCAUCCACUACUCCUACAAGCUGCAUCCACUCUGCAGCGGUGCCGCAGGGCAGGAGGUGGAGCGGCUGCACUGGGCCUCCACCCGCAUCGCAGACCCCAACCCUCAGUCCAGUUCAGGGAUUAACUUCUGUUUGUGAGCAGCUUUCAGAGGGGUCAAAGCAUCAUUACACCCGGAAGAGAGUGCACAGCGCUCACGUGGAGGGAGUCUGUGAAAAGACUCAAACUGACACUGAAAAUGAACAAUUCUCUCAGAAGUGCACGGAGCUGCAGUGCUACAUCCAGUCUCUGUCGGACAUCCUGCAGGGCCUGAGAUCAGGCAGGUACUCUGAACGUUUCAGCAGUUUCCAGGAGAGCGUGGCCAUGGACCGGAUCCAAAGAAUAAUGGGGGUUCUUCAGAAUCCAAACAUGGGAGGACGCUUCCUCAGCAUUGUACUGAAGAUAGCAGAGAUGCUGCACAGUUGGUUUCCUCACAUCAGGCCAGACCCAACGCACACAGAGCCCUGUACUCCGACUAAGAAGCAAAAGCAGCAUCAGAGCAGCGCCCCCCCCCCCUCCACCCUCCCCGGUGUCGUUCUGCUCCUCAGACUCCUCCACCCGCCUCAAAUGGCUCCACAUGUCGCCCAUCUGCUCCCUGAAGACUCUUGAAUCCACCCUCAGUCAGCCCCCCCCGGCCUCCCCCCCCCCUCCACCUGCGUGCUGCAGCCAGGGGGCGACCCAGGACAGCGCCGUCUCCUCCUCCACCGACUCGCUCUCGGCCCCCCCCAGCCGGGGGGGGGCGCUGCCCGCCAAGUUCACCACGCCCUGUCUGGUGAGACUCCUGCAGGCCAAGGACAGCAUCAUCACACCCCGGAGGGCGGAGGACGGGGGGUCCUGAGAGGUGACGCCGAGAACCAGAGGCUGAUCCGGGGUCAGAUCUGGGCUCCCACAUGAGACACUACAAGGCCUUAAAAAAAAGCAUGUUUCAAAGUCUUCUAUAUCUUUUUUAAACAGUGGAAAUGCAGUUGCAGUUACUUCAGGUUCUUCAGAGUCAGAAUGUGAUGAAGAGAAAACGGGCCUCGCUUAGUUUGACUUGAAGGACUUUUUCAAAAGUCUGUGUGACCUUCAUUUUGAGUUUCUCUGAUAUUUGAGUUGGAUGGAUUUCAUCUUCUAAUGAGUUCAAAUGUUAAAACAAUGUUACUGAGAUGAAUCUCCUCAACACAAGAGGAGUGAACAUAGAGGAAUGGUAACUCUGGGGUUGGAAAUAUGGACGAAAGCUCAUUACACUUGGAGACUUCUGAUUGACACACCUGGACAGUUACCUCGUCUGAUUUUAGGUUUUCAAUGGUUCCUCUACCUCAUGCUGAGACAGCACACAGUUUGACCGUGUCAGCACAACAUAACUGUCAGUGAUCUGAAACCUUUGAAGUUUUACACAAGCUGCAGAGUAAAGCAGCGUACAUUAAGAAAUCUUAGGGUGUAGUUCUUUCUUAUACUAAGGUUUACCAUUACACGGUGAAAUAUAUCCAAAGCGAGUCUUUCACUAUAAUUAGCUUGAGGUCUACAGUUUUUCCAGAGGGAUUUAAAAAGGUUUUGAAUACCCCAAACCUGGAUUUGUUGGUCAGUUCUUGUCUUUUCCGCGUCACAUGUGAGUUGAAACAUUUCAACACUGUUGGGAAACAGAACAGGGACCCCAGAGGAAAUGUAGAAACAUCUCCUGCCACCAUUUCAAAGACUUGUUCCAGUUAGUCCCAAUACAAUCCUCACAUGUACUUUGAGCGGGUUAUCAGUUGCUGUAAUCUUUAUCUGAACUCCAUACAAGCUGUGAAAGGUAUAGGAAACAGAAUAUUGUACUAAAACUAAACAGCCAAGGUGGAAGAUUCCCACUUUGGUUGAACUCAGACUCAUGAAGCUGGAGCAUAAUGAGGUCUCGGCAGAGUCACUAAGAGAUGGCUUCAUGGAUGAUUACGCAUGAGAAAUUGAUUAGUGGAUCCCUCAGGCCAUAACAUGAUUUUUGGGGGGUUUCCCUUCCCAAAGUUCUCUCCAUUUUCCUACUUUUUACAUAUUAACAGUGAUCUUGUGACCCUGCUUCCAAAAUGCAGGUGACCCACACUCAGUACUGUCCCUGAACGCCUCCUGUGUAAUCUGUCAGAAGCUGCUUUCACUGCGAAUUAUAUUUUUUAUGACAGCAACCAAAACACUGUCAAAGUACAUGAGAUUGAGAGAAAAUCCAUAUCCAAACGUCUCCCCUUGCCAACAUGAGCACUUAUUUUGAACACACUGAAUAGUCGUGUAAUUUUUCCUUUAAUGUACUUUUUUUUCUUCUUCAUAUUUGAGUUACUUCCCAUUAAAGAUGGCCUUUGUCAUGUUUUGUACUUCUGAAAUAAAUGUGAUGUCUUCUUUCUGGAAA